CAUAUUAGAUAGACAUUAUACUGCUGCGGACGAAGUCGAAGAAGGGGAUCAGUACUCCGGAUGACAAGGGUACUCAGGUCGUAGUAGUCAGUUUGCACAACACACAAGAUAACUGCUAUAUGGUUGACAACGAGUAGCCGAAUCAAACAUCUCGGGCAGCGUCGUCCGAGGCGUCUUGUUUUCGUCGUUGUUUAGCUAACUUGCCGGCAGACAUGACUUCCUUGACUCAGCGGAGUUCGGGCCUCGUGCAGAGGCGGACCGAAGCCUCUCGCAACGCCGCUGACAAAGACCGUCCGUCCGGCGACGAGGACCACGAGCCCCGACGGGGCGACGAGCAGGAGGACGACGAUACCGGAGACUCCAAAGAAACACGUCUCACCUUGAUGGAAGAAGUGUUGUUGUUAGGACUUAAGGACCGAGAGGGCUACACCUCGUUCUGGAAUGACUGCAUUUCAUCAGGGUUGCGAGGGUGCAUGCUGAUUGAACUGGCCCUGCGUGGACGCCUCCAGCUCGAGGCUUGUGGCAUGAGGAGGAAAAGUUUGCUGGCAAGGAAGGUCAUUUGUAAGUCGGAUGCUCCAACAGGUGACGUGCUCCUGGAUGAAGCCCUAAAACACAUCAAAGACACCCAACCACCGGAGACCGUGCAGAGCUGGAUCGAACUUCUCAGUGGAGAGACAUGGAACCCCCUGAAGCUUCAUUAUCAGCUGCGGAACGUCCGUGAACGGCUGGCCAAAAACUUGGUGGAGAAAGGCGUCCUCACCACCGAGAAGCAGAACUUCCUGCUCUUUGACAUGACCACACAUCCUCUGACCAACAACAACAUCAAGCAGCGCCUCAUCAAGAAGGUCCAGGAGGCCGUACUGGAAAAGUGGGUGAAUGACCCCCAUCGAAUGGACAAACGGCUGCUUGCGCUCAUCUUUUUAGCCCAUUCCUCUGACGUCCUGGAAAAUGCCUUCGCACCGCUGCUAGAUGACCAAUACGACCUGGCCAUGAAGAGAGUGCGGCAGCUGCUGGAACUGGAGCCCGAGGGAGAGAGCAUGAAGGGCAACGCCAAUGAGCUGUUAUGGGCCGUGGUGGCCGCCUUCACCAAAUGAGGCUGCCAACAAAGAGGACAGCAAGCAGUUGUGGCAUUCAAGUGGCAUUGUUCGUUGGGGUAGGAAUCACAGUACUGACCCCAACAUGGUGACUUGACUGACUUACAGAUUAUCCCUGCCUGGACUUUUAGAAACGGGCUGCCCUCUUUUCUUGUUCCUCUCCCCCUCCUCAUUUUCUUUUCCUUCCAAGAUAAACUGUCCUUGUUGAUCCUUCAUGCCCCCCCCCCACCCCACAUGUGUCAUUUAUGUGUUCACUUUUGCUAAAAAAAAAAAUUAUAAUAAUAAUAAUACUAUGGAACUUCAAAUGAAGUGGUUGAUAAUAUGGGUGAGGCUGAAAUCAAGAUGUCGAUUCAUAUCCUCUUUCUUUUCUAUUGAGUAUAUCUUUGAACCAGUUAGAGGCACAGUAUUUAUGGCAGAGGUGAUUCGAGGUGCCAUCCUGACACACCUGAUCAUACAAUUACCAGUGUGAUGUACAUGUAUGAACCCAUGUACCGGGCUGUGACGCUGUACAGGAAUGAAAGGCUAACUCACGAUCCUGACAAGUCUUCAAAUGAAUAUCUUCUACCAAAUGUGAAGUGUAAGGAUAUGAUGGAUUUGGUGUCACAGCAUUCUUUGACUUUUCAGCUACUGGGAGGCAACUGUGGUCAGAUCCAAAAGCCUGAGUUCCCUACCUACUUAUCAGAUCCAAAAUUUCUUCUCUGUUGAUGCCUGUUAAUCCAUCCCAUCCAUCCAAGAUAUAUAUAUAAAAGCUUAUCCUGUGCAGGGACUCAGGGGGAGGGGUCUGUCAAAACCCACACUGGCCAAGGGGAGGACGGGGGGGGGGGUACAUGGACACAUUGCCAGAAUAUAACAGGGCUGAUACAUGGAAACAGACAACCAUUCACAACUGUAGGCAAGUUAGAGUUUAUAGGUCACCUGACCUACAUGGGUCACGGUCUCGGGGACUGUGGAGGGGAAACCCACACAGAGAGCUGCCUCAGCUGGCCGUUGGAUCUGGUCUGACAUUCCAACCCUCCUGGCCCACGGUGGUGUAGCAGUUCAGUUCAUGUGUAAACAGGACAAAUAGCCCAAACAUGCAUGGAAGCUGUAUCACUGUGCAGUUCCAGGAACACAGAGUGCUGACUUGUAUGACUUUCCCUUAUUCGUUACUUGGACCUCAGCUCUAUUUAAUAUUUUGUAUAUAAAAAAAAAAAGCUUUUAAGAUGAAAAGCCAAAACAUGGUGAACACCAUUAGACAGAUUUGUUUUAGGGCAUUCUGCUAAAAA